AUGACGCCCUCCCAAACCCUCAUUCACCUGGCAGCUCGCGCCGAACAGAGCGGCGUCGUGCCCAACGCGCUGAUCGAGCAGCUCAACGCCAACGGCAGUACCGACAUCAAAAAGGUCGGCAUCACCCUCGUCGCCUUCAUCGGUCUCGGCCUCUUCACCGUGCUUGCUUUCCAGAUCCUCCGCCCCAACAACAAGAUCGUCUAUGCGCCCAAGUACAAGUAUGCCGAAGAUGGCAAGGCUCCCCCCAAGGCCUCCGAGGGCUUCUUUGGCUGGAUCCCGCCCAUCGUCAAGUACAAGGAGCACGACCUCCUCCCUCUCAUCGGCCUCGACGGCGUCACCUUCCUCCGCUUCAUCCGCAUGAUGCGCUGGAUGCUCACCACCCUCGCCGUCCUCAUGUCCGUCGUGCUCAUGCCCGUCGACAUUGCAUACAACGCACGCAACGGCGGCGGCAACCUCGUCACCAACAAGCUCAACUACCUCAACAUGUCCAACGUACACGGCACCUACAUGUGGGCUCACGUCGGCAUGAGCUACGUCGGCACCAUCAUCGCACUCUCCUUCAUCUGGUAUCAUUACCGCGAGAUGGUCCGCCUUCGCUGGUCCUACUUCCGCUCCGAAGAGUACCAGACCAGCUUCCACGCACGUACCCUCAUGCUCACCGACGUCAAAACGCGCUACCAGUCCGACGGCGCGCUCGGCGCCGUGCUCUCGGAGCUCAAGAUGCCCUACCCGACCACCGAGGUCCACAUCGGCCGUCGCGUCGGCGUCCUCCCCGAACUCAUCGAGAAGCACAACGACCUCGUCCGCGACCUCGAGCACGUCCUCGCCAAGUACCUCAAAAAUCCGAAUCAGCUGCCCUCAAAGCGUCCCACCAAGAGGAUCGGCGGCUUCAUGGGCAUCGGCGGCGAACGCGUAGAUGCCAUCGACUACCUCACCAACCAGAUCAACCGCGUCGAGGCCGCCGUCAUGCACCAGCGCGACACCAUCCAGGAAAAGAAGCCCGAGAUGUACGGCUUUGCCUCGCUCGCGGCUGUGCCCUACGCCCAUGCCGCCGCCAAGGUGCUCAAGGGCAAGAAGCCCGGCGGCAUGCGCAUCGCGCUCGCACCGCCGCCCACCGGCAUCAUCUGGAGGAACCUCACCCGCUCGCGUGCCAGUCGCGCAAAGUCGAGCUUCUUCGGCUUCCUCAUGCUUCUCGUUCUCUUCUUUAUGAACAUCUUCCCGCUCAUCAUCGUCUCGCUCCUUUCCAACAUGGCCGCUCUCACCUCCAUCUCGUGGCUUGGCUGGCUCAAGUCCUGGCAGAGCAGCAGCUCCUUCACCUUUGCUGCCGUCUCGGGUCUGGGGGCUCCCAUCAUCAUGGGUAUCGCCUCCUUCUUCUUCCCGCUCGCCAUGCGCAGGAUCGCAAAGUACCGAGGCGUCCAGACGCGCUACAAGCUCGACCGUCUGCUCGUCGGUCAGCUCUUUGGAUUCCUCGUCGUCUCCCAGUUCCUCUUCUUCUCGCUCAUCGGCGUCGUUCUCUCGCUCGUCUCGCAGCUUGUAGUCGAGAUCAACCACAACAGUGCUCUCGCCAUCAUCGAGAAGCUCGGUCGCAACGCCGCCUACGCCACCAAGCAGCAGUACCUCAACCAGUCCAACUACUGGCUCACCUGGCUGCCUCUUCGUGGCUACAUUGCCGUCUUUGACUUGGCACAGGCCAUCAAGCUGCUCCUCGUAUGGUUCCAGAAGGUCUUCUUCGGACGCACCCCUCGCGACGUGCGCGAGUACACCAAGCCGCCCGUGUUCGACUAUUGGAUCUACUACGCCAACUUCCUCUUCAUGGCGGCCGUCGCCAUGAUCUACGCGCCGCUCGCACCGCUCGUCGUCAUCUUUUCCGCCGUCGCCUUCUGGAUGAGCUCGUUCAUCUACAAGUAUCAGCUGAUGUACGUCUUCGUCACCAAACACGAGACCGGCGGCAUGCUCUGGCGACCCGUCAUCAACCGUCUGCUCUUCUGCAUCGGCUUCAUGCAGGUCAUCCUCAUCCUCGCCGUCGUCCUCGACACGCUCAACUACUACCAGGCUAUCGCUGCGCUGCCGCCUAUUCUCAUGCUGAUCGGCUUCAAGAUCUACUGCCGUCGCACCUUCGACGACCGCUUCGACUGGUACAUUCCCAACGAGGCCGAGAUUGCCGCCUCCAAGAUCCACGGCGGCGAUGCGCGCCACAACCGUCUGCAGCGUCGCUUCGGUCACCCGACGCUCAACUCGAAGCUCUUCACACCCAUGGUGCACGCCAAGGUCAAGCACCUGUUGCCCCAGGUGUACAAGGGCCGCCUCGAGACGGGCGUGGCGAUGGUCGAUGGUCGCAAGGUCGAGACCGAUCAGGUGGCCGGCGGUCUCAAGAUCGCCGCGAUCGAAGAAGACCAGCUGGAAUACGAUCCUUCCAAGGAUUCGGACGCGCGCUCCGUCAUGUCUGGCACCACGCUUGGUGGCAUGUCGAUGGCUCGCGGCGGUGUGGGCGUCGGUACUCCCGGCAGCAUGGGCCCACCUCGCGGCGAGUACUUCAAAGACCAGUACGCCAAUUAUAUGGCCGGCGGACCGAUGCACGGCGGCGAGGAGUUUGAGAUGUCGAACGUCGCCGCGCGCGACAGCCGCGACAACCUUCUCGAGAAGCGUCAGAACAGCCUGUACAGCGAGUCGCUCGAAGACACGCUUACAGGCACGCCCUACGGUGGCAAGUCGUCGCCCGAGGCCGGCAUGGGUGCGCACGGACAGUACAACAGCUACUCGGUGCAGUCGACGCCUGGCUACGAGGCUGGCAUGCCCCAGCAGCCAGGCUACGUGGACCCAUACGGCCAGAACGCGCAGUCGUACGCGCCUCGCAUGGGCGUCCACCACAGCGCCCAGGGCAGCCAGACGAGCCUGGGCUCGUACGGCAACAUGCUGUACGGCAGCAACGGCGGUGCGCCUGCUGCCGGGUAUGGCUCGCCGGGACCCCAGGCGGCAUAUGGCGGCGCUCGAGCACCCACGCCGGGCGAGGCUCAGCAGAUCUCUCCCGGCACGGUGAUCGCGCCCACGCCGAACCAGUACCAGGCCGGCGGCUACACGACCUCGCCGCCGCAUCUGCAGCAGCCGCAGCGAUUCAUGGGCUCGCCACAACGGCAGGCGUCCGGCGACUAUCCAUACCAGCCCACAGGCAACUAUGCGCCAGGACAGCAUGCGCCAGCGUAUGCGCAGUCGCCGCCGCAGGUGACCAUGCACGCUGCAGGCCGCCAGCCUCAGCCUCAGGCGCACGCCCAGCACCCAAGCGCCGGCAGCUACUAUGCGCCAUCGCACGGCUCGCAGCCCGGAUCGGGCCAGCCACGCGGUGGUCUGUACGGAUACCAGCGCUAG